AGCUCGCCUUCAUGAAGUGGGUGGGGCUCGACGUGUCUUCUGACUGUUUGUGCUCAAAAGUGGCAUCCCUGCUCUCGGCCCGGUAUCACAAUUUUCCCGCUCUUCAGAAAUGGCGAUUAUAUUUACUUCAGUGCGGGUCCUGCUUGGAUUGUUUUUCGUGCUCACUGGCGUAGUAAAGCUCACGGACCAGAUCUCAGCAGAGGUUUAUAGCGAGAUGAGAUCCCAGUUUGUCAAUUUUUCAGAAGUCUUCCCCUUGAAAAUAUUUGGCAUAACACCUGAUCCGCUUCAGUAUCUUCAAGUGAUUGGCUGGAUAGAGACAGUGGCUGGCAUUUUACUGGCAUUUGGACCUCAACUGCUGCAGGAAAUCAGUAACUUAGUUUUGUCUAUCAUCAUGAUCUUGACCCUCUUCACGCUCUUCAAACUGCAGGAGCCAAUGUCAAAGUGUGCCCCAGCUACUGUUUGCCUUGGCUUGCUGUUGAUGUUAAGUCUGCGUGGACGGUGUGGAACAAGGUGCAAGACCAAAUCUGAGUGAAUUGCUCAUCUGGACUUUUUUGUCUAAUCAGAUGUGACCUCACAAAUAAAUUGACUCAAGUGAUGGUGCCUGCCAAAGCAGAUUUUCACUCAUUCGUCUUAAGAUUUUCUUUUUUUAAAGCGGUGGUUUUGCUUUCCGGGAUGUUGUCUUUAUUUUUUUUUUUUUUUUGUCCUAAAUGUUUCUGAUCAUUUGUUUUUAUUUUGUCCAGAUUAACAUCUGGCUGGUAAUUAUUGCUCUCCUUGGCUAUAUUUGAAUUUGCCACACAGCAAAAUCACCAGUGUUAAAUUAUCAAUUAGAGUGUAUAUAUUUAAACUGGGGUGGUGCAGUGGUAGUGCUGCUGCUUCGCAAUGAGGAGGCUGAGGUUCAUGACCUGGGUUCUCCCUGUGUGGAGUUUGCAUGUUCUCCCUGUGUCUGCUUGUGUAUUCUCUGUUUUCCACCUAUAAUUCAAAGACAUCCUGGUUAGGUGGACGGCAUUGCUAAAUUUACCCUAGUGUGUGGUGGGUGUACUGUUUAUGAUUGACUGGUGCCCUGUCCAGGAAUUGUGCCCACUGCUAGCCAGGGCAGUGUCCAGCUUCCCUGCAACCCUACUCAGGAUAAGUGGGUUUGAAAAUGAAUGGAAGAAUAUUUAAACUGUUUCUAUACUGUAUACUUGUUAACACUGUUGAUUUCGCUGUGCACUCCAAUUUUACUGUGUGGAUUUGUUUUGCAGCUUUUAAUUUUUUUUAUUAAAUAAUGAAAAAAUUAUUUUUUCAGUUUCUAAUAUGUGAAAUUGUUUGCUUUAAAGUGACUUUAGUUAUGGUGUUUAUUCUUUUCUGUGGUGUAUUUUAAUUAACUGGAUGUAUAUUUUAUCUUGUGAGUCUAUCUUGGUAAACACAUCAAUAGUCAUCUGCAGAGUGAUUACCUGAUGUCUAAAAGUAUACAUUACAAUUUUGGCCACAAUGAAAUUGUAAAAGCCAUUGAUUUGAACCUACAAUUAGGCUGAUGGCCUGUAAUGGGCUGGUCCAGGAAUGGAUACAGUCUUUGGUCCAGUAUGUCCAGGACAGGCACCAGUUCUCGGCAAAUCUGAACUGAGAAAGAGAGUUUUGAAAUGGGUGGAUGGAUGGAUUUACAUUUAUUUGUUUAAUCAGCACUUAAAUAAUAUCUCAACCAUACAUUACAUUUAUUUCCAUAAUUCUUCAAUGGGUUUGUGAAAUUUUAAGCAACUUUAUCUGGGUCAUUUAUAGUGGUCAAUAAUGGGAAUAAAGCAGCAACAAUGUGCUUUAUAGAAAAAUGCCAAAAGGAUUGUGCCACAGGGCUUUCUUUUUACAAAAAAAAAACUGGGUACAGUUAAAUAGACUUGUGUUUAACAUGCAGUUUCUCAAGUCAUAGAAUGUUCAAAGAGUGAGAUUUAUGUAAUUUUUUUAAAAUUAUAUUGUAUUUCAGAUGGAAUAAUGGCUCAGCAGUUAGAUCCAGAAUCUCAGGUUUGAAUCCCAUCCUGCCUUGGGUUAUCCUCCUCCAUCCCCAAAGAGGUGUGUGUGAUGGAUUGGUAAUUGUAAAUUGUUGUUGUGUGGAUCUAUUUAAGAGUGGGCCAUACAAGAGACUGAGAGUCGGUCAAAGUCAGUUUUCCGCCUUGUGGCUGGUUCAGAUAGGACAGGCUCUGGCCUCUUGUGCCCCUGAUUAAGUAGGCCUCAGAUUGUUAUGUUAAAUAUAAACAGAAUCAAAGAACUGUGAAAGAAGACAUGUGGUAGACAUAUGCAUAAAAAUUGAAAGGUAAAUUAUUGAACAAGCAGCAUAGGUAUUGUAGUAACCUAAUUGUAAAGUAUUAAAUCUCAUGAGCCUCUAAAGCACUGAAAUUACAAAAGCAAAAUCUGCAUUGUUUAAUAGACAGAUUAGAAAAUAUAUAGGUAAAGAGCUUUAGACCUUGACUACAAUCUCAAGGAAUGUUAUACGCAAACAAAUGCAAUAAAAUUAUUUAAAUAUUUUUAUGUGACAAUAGAGAAAACUUUAAAGUCGGCACAUUACACGUUGGUUUUUGACAAGACACCGCCACCUCCAGAGCAUUAAAAAGGUGCCAGCUAGCCUGCCCAUUCCUUGAUUUCACACAGCCUUGGGCUCAAGUGCAGUAGCAGAGCUCCACUAUGUGCAGUGCCACCAUCCAUCCCUUUCAUUUGGAAAACUUGUACCUCUUAGUAGCAGAUGAUUUGAGAAGUCUGCAAAAACCACAUUUAUUUUCAGUCAAGAACAGCUUGUGCUAAUAACAUUUAUAUGUUAUUUUUAUGAAAAUGAUGUGCAUUAUUGUACUUUUUUUUUUAAAUAAAGAUCUGACUGAU